GUAUUUAGGACACAGUUGUUAAUGGAAGAAUUCAUGUAUAAGUACAAAAUAAGAAGGGCAAUCUGAUCUUUGAAGAAAUGGCAGGAUUCCUAGACAACUUCCGGUGGCCGGAAUGUGAGUGUAUUGACUGGAGUGAAAGAAGAAAUGCCAUUGCUUCAAUAGUUGCGGGCGUAUUGUUUUUCACAGGUUGGUGGAUAAUGAUAGAUGCUGCCAUAGUUUACCCUAAGCCAGAACAAAUGAACCAUGCGUUCCAUACCUGUGGGGUGUUUUCAACACUAGCUUUUUUCAUGAUAAAUGCUGUAUCAAAUGCACAGGUGAGAGGAGACAGCUACAGUGACGGAUGUUUAGGCAGAACAGGUGCUCGUGUCUGGCUCUUCAUUGGCUUUAUGUUGAUGUUUGGUUCACUUAUUGCUUCAAUGUGGAUUCUUUUUGGAGCAUAUGUUACACAGAACACUAAUGUUUACCCUGGAUUAGCAGUGUUUUUCCAAAAUGCAUUGAUAUUUUUCAGUACUCUGAUCUACAAGUUUGGAAGAACAGAAGAGUUAUGGGGAUGAGAGAUCACGUAUAGCAUUGUCUGUUCCAUAGUUGCUAUGUCGUACUAUGUAUGUAGAUAUAUUUACAUUUGCUGGUUUGCUUUCUAAAUUGUAUGGACUGAGACAAAUUACAGUUUCUGUAAUAAGCUCCCUCUUUUCACAGGACAGCUUUGUGAAUAUGUACAUAUGACUGUAUAUAUCUUAAAAAGGGAACGUCAGGCUUUCUUUCUGAAAUCUUCAGGCUUAUUUCUUCAAAUCUGUGGGUUUCCAUCAACUCCUAAGACUUGGAUCUUCCAAACCUUCACGUGUGUCAGACGUCGGUGGAACUGGUAGUGAACAAGCAGG